CUGGCCCGGGGCCGCCCCGCCCUCGCCGCCGCCCGCCUCAUGGCCGCCCUGGCCGGGGUCUUCGUGUGGGACGGGCAGCGCAUCGAGGAGGAGGAGCUGCAGCGCUCGGCGCAGGAGAUGAAGCACAUGGAGAACAUCUCGGCCAUGCUUCGCGGCGGCUCCCCGGACGAGUACCAGCGGCCGGACCCCGCGUCGGAGCGGGACGCGGUGCGCGCCCCCGGGGAGCAGCCCUGGGAGAUGAUCAUGGACAAGAAGCACUUCAAGCUCUGGCGGCGCCCCAUCGAGGGCACCCACCUGUACCAGUACCGAGUGUUUGGGACGUACACAGACGUGACUCCCAGGCAGUUCUUCAACGUCCAGCUGGACACCGAGUACAGGAAGAAGUGGGACUCGCUGGUCAUCAAGCUGGAUGUCAUCGAGAGAGACCUGGCCACGGGCUCCGAAGUGAUUCACUGGGUGACCCACUUCCCGUACCCAAUGUAUUCACGAGACUACGUCUACGUUCGCCGCUACAGCGUGGACAAGGAGAACAACCUGAUGGUUCUGGUGUCGCGGGCUGUGGAGCACCCGAGCGUCCCGGAGGACCCGGAGUACGUUCGGGUGAGGACCUACGAGUCCCAGAUGGUUAUCCGGCCGCACAAAACCUUUGACGAGAACGGUUUCGACUACUUGCUGACGUACAGCGACAACCCGCAGACGGUGUUCCCGCGGUACUGCGUCAGCUGGAUGGUCUCGAGCGGUAUGCCCGACUUCCUGGAGAAGCUGCACACGGCGGCCCUGAAGGCCAAGAAGAUGGAGAUCGAGGUGCGGGACUAUAUGGCUGCCAAGCCCCUCGAGGGCGAGGGCAAGGCCGGCGUGCCCGCGGCCGAGCACAAGAGCGAGGGCAGCUGCAGCCCUGCCCAGCUGGAGUACGCCUAGGGCGGCCGCGGGCGCCUCGGCUCCGAUUGUUUUCCCCCUCCCCACGAGCUCAGCGGCCCCUCCGCGGGCAGCCUGAGGCCGGGGAAGGGGGGUGCUGGCCCCCCCCCCGGCGUCCCUCCGUGGCCAGACCGCU